AUGUCGGAUCCACGUUUCAACCCAAACCCAUCAUUUGGAUCCCCAUCGCCCCCAGGUUCGCCUCGGAAGAGGCGAUCUAUUCUACGGGAGUCAGAAGAAAGUGAGGGCACGAUGGAGAUUGAACAGUAUCUCACGAGCUGUGACCCCUAUCGCUCGACAAAUCUGCCGAACUUCUGGCCGUAUCCAGUGAUGUUGACUAGUUCCAGCGAGCUUCAGCAGACUCUUCGACCGAUUAAAGACGAUAUAAGCGCCAUCCUGAAAGCACACGGAUUUCAUGAACGCGUCCCCUUUCUGCCGUAUGUCGCGCAAAAGCCUCAUUAUCCGGGAGGCGACACAGCAGUGAAUCUGCUCCGCGUCAUUCUACUGGCUGCCGAUGACCAUCCCAGACGCCUCGGCCCAGCGAAGGAUGACCUUGCUCGCCUUCUGAAUGAAAGGGGCAUUACAGACAUGUUCGUGGAGAUUGUCAACAUCGAUCUGUGCUUUAAACCAUCCCUGUUUCCCAUGCCACCCGAACAUGGCCUAGUAGUUGGCUUUGAAGAAGGCAAGCAAAGGAUUAUCGAUCUCCUUCAAGCAAGACUUGGAGACAACUGGAGACUUCUCUGCCCUUUCAACAUCGGCCGGUUGGAGGCAGAGGCCCGCCCAGCCAUUGUAAUCCUCGUGGAUCCCCUCACGCGUGCCAAUUGGUCUGUUUUGGACACGGAGAUAAAGGCAUUACUCGCAGGACACUGUCAAUUUCAGACUAUUGAGGUGGAGUUUCUCCCUGGUGACCUCCGUUUCCUAAGCGGAACAUCCUUUGCCGGCAGGGCGGAUGUGCCAGCCAUGGGGUCCUCCGUUGGUAUCCGUGGUGAUACUAAUUCGGGGACACUUGGUGGGUAUGUGACGCUGAAGCAGGGUGACAAGGUCUUGAAAGGUUUCCUAACCAGUUACCAUGUCACCAGGCCCUUGGACCCCAAAGUAGGGGCUACCGGCAAAUCCCUCGGUGACUUGGAUCGUUUUGGAAGUUCGUGGAUGCGUCAAACAGAAAUGAAUCAUAUCGAGAUGGAGAGUUUCUCCCGUCUGGACACACAAUCCACCUUAUCUGAUCUGGACGAUAAAAUCAAAACCAUGGACGAGCAAAUCGAGAUGCUGUCUGAAAGAAUACGCAAGCGAGAAAUGGGUGGCGGAUCUGCGACAAAACUUCGAAACCGGGUAAAUGAAUUCCAGUCACUUGUCUCCGGCUAUCGUCGUGAACGUCAGAAUGUCGCUAGCAUGCCCCACCUUAUGGGUAGGGUGACGGCCACCUCUGGGAAGGCUACACUGGGCAAGAGAAUCAGCGACUGGGCGUUUGUGGAGAUGAACGAUGCUGCCAUAGAGAAAUUCUUCCGACCCAACCGCAUGUUCCCUGUCCGCGACGACCAGCAACCAGGCCGAUACAAAGCUGGGCCUGCUGGGGUAUACCUUGCGCCGUCUGCGGGCGAGCCUCUAACAGACUUUGGCCCGCUCGUGAAAGGUGAUGUGUACUUCAAGAUGGGGCGCACGACGGGAGUCACUACGGGCGUUUGCCAUGGCACGCUGGCGAUUUGUCGCUGGAAAGACUGCAUUAGAUACGACCAUAUUGGCAACAAGAAUGACCUGUCAGUAACUACGACUGAGGAAUACAUCAUUAUGAGUCGCAGACUAAACACGACUGAACACACGCAAGCCUCAUUUGUUGAGGAUGGUGAUUCUGGAUCACUUGUUGUUGAUACAGACGGAAAAGUCUGCGGUCUUGUCUAUUCUGGCUUCAGCGGCAAAUCCGGACCCUCCGAUGAUGAACACUUUUAUGUUACCGCCGGCCUCGUGACACCCAUCGCCGAAGUUGCACAGUCAGUGAAGCUUCGGACCAUGCGCAAGGACAAGGAUGACAAGAUCAUCAGCGCACCAGCCGAGCUCGGACUCCCUCAACCCUCUGAAUCGCAGUCUUGA